AAGUCCGGCCUGUGGCGGAAAGGAAGUGCGGGGCCGCCGCGCCGAGCCCGUCCCCGCCGAGCCCGGCUCCCCCGGGCGGCUCGGGUGACAGCGUCGCGGCCGCCGGGCGCAGCGCCGGACAAGCUCGGGGCAGAGCCGAGCGCCAAGAGAAACCUUCCGCAGAGACGCGGGGAAAAUGGCUGAUGACUUUGGCUUCUUCUCCUCGUCGGAGAGCGGGGCCCCCGAGGCGGCCGAGGAGGACCCAGCGGCUGCCUUCCUAGCCCAGCAGGAGAGCGAGAUCGCCGGCAUAGAGAAUGACGAAGGCUUCGGCGCACCUGCCGGUAGCCAUGCAGGACUCUCGCAGCCGGGACCCGCGAGUGGGGCUGGUUCUGAGGACAUGGGAACCACGAUCAAUGGAGAUGUGUUUCAGGCUAACGGUCCAGCUGACGGCUACGCUGCUAUCGCCCAGGCGGACAGACUGACCCAGGAACCCGAGAGCAUUCGCAAAUGGAGGGAGGAGCAGAGGAAACGGCUGCAGGAGCUGGAUGCUGCCUCCAAGGUGACAGAACAGGAGUGGCGGGAGAAGGCCAAGAAGGACCUGGAGGAAUGGAACCUGCGCCAGAGUGAACAAGUUGAGAAAAACAAGAUCAACAACCGGAUCGCUGACAAAGCAUUCUACCAGCAGCCAGAUGCUGAUAUCAUCGGCUACGUGGCAUCUGAGGAGGCUUUUGUGAAGGAAUCCAAGGAGGAGACCCCAGGCACAGAGUGGGAGAAGGUGGCCCAGCUGUGUGACUUCAACCCCAAAAGCAGCAAGCAAUGCAAAGAUGUGUCCCGCCUGCGCUCGGUGCUCAUGUCCCUGAAGCAGACACCACUGUCCCGCUAGGUGCCUGCCACAAGCAUGGCCACAAAGCAUGGGUCAGGCCCAGGCAGAGGAGCAGCAGCUGCUUUGGCCAGGGGGAAAUACACAGCCUAUUCCAUUCCUCCCCAUGUCCUAGGGCUGGGAAGGGGAACCCUCACCCCUCUCACCCCUUACUUCCUCCUGGCCCUAUGGCCCAGCCCCUCAUACCUCCUUUUAGUCCACAAAAUUGUGAUUGUCCCCCCUGAUGUUUUUUUUUUUUUUUUCUUGGCUUAAAGGGUGUGUUGGUAACUCUU